AUGCAAGUCGAAUAUUUAGAAAAAACUUUAUCCGCUCUCGAAGACAAGAAUACAAAUAUAAAUUCAAAAUUUUUGAAAUUUGAAAAAUUAAUGAUGUAUUGCGAUUCAAAUGCUAAAAUCAUGAAUAAAAUGAUACUUGAUGAUAAUUAUUCUUAUCGUUUGAUAAAUAUCACUGAUUACUUUGGAAGAAAUAUUAAAUCUGAAGAUGAAAAUAACAGCAGAAAAAUUAUGAGAUAUAGAAAAUG